AUGGCCAUUCGAGUGUUGCUCCUUGCAGGAGCUCUCCUGGCCCUUGCAUGCUCGCAUGGCGCCACCGCCUCCGAUCCCAGCCAUCUCCAGGACUUCUGUGUCGCUGAAAAGACAUCUCCAGUGCGUGUCAACGGACUGGCUUGCAAGGCCGCGAAAGAGGUCGUCGUCGAGGACUUCUACUUCUCCGGCCUCCACGUGGCCGGCAACACGACCAACAAGCAGGGCUCCGCGGUGACCGCCGUCAACGUCGCACAGAUCGGUGGGCUGAACACCAUGGGCGUCUCCCUCGUCCGCAUCGACUACGCGCCGUUCGGCCUCAACCCUCCCCACACUCACCCGCGUUCCACUGAGAUCCUUACUGUGCUAGAGGGUUGCCUGCAUGUCGGUUUCGUGACGUCGAACCCCGAGAACAAACACUUUGAGAAGGUUCUCAACAAGGGAGAUGUGUUUGUGUUUCCUAAGGGCCUCAUCCAUUACCAGUACAACAACAGGACUACCGGUGCAGUAGCUAUUGCGGCACUGAGCAGCCAAAACCCUGGAGUGAUCACGAUAGCCAACGCGGUGUUUGGAGCCGAGCCUUCCAUCCCGGCUGGUAUUACUACCAAGGCCUUCCAGGUGGAGAAGAGCACGGUGGAUUCGAUCCAGGCACAGUUCUAAGUUUGUGUUCCCACGGGUGUGCUGUCGAGUCGAUUGUACUGCUUU